AGCAAUUUCGCCGGCAGCAUUAUGUGCACCGCGCUCUUUGAGCUCCAAGAGUACCAGACUGACGAUGGCCAGCGCCACGUGCGGCUCAUCGUGCUCCACAACCGCGACGAGUGGCUCACGAGGGACACGGCGCCGUGCGCGUGGUGGGCACCGCCCGAUGGCACCAUCUUUGCUCCUCGCGACCUCAUCCGCGGUGGCACCUGGAUGGGCAUUCGCAAGGAGAAUGCGAUUGUCCGCGCCGCCUUCCUCACCAACAUUCGCUACAUGCCGCCGGUGCAUGGCAAGCUCAGCCGCGGGAACGUGAUCAAGGACUUCUUGGAGGGCACGAUGAGCACGGCGAGCUACCUCAAGGAGCUCGAGGCGUCCGGGCACUUGUACCCAGGAUUCAACUUGAUUGUGUUUGACGGCGCGUCGCUCGGCCACCUCUGCAACUUUGUGCACGGCGAGUACGUCACGGAGAGUUCGCUUCUCCAGCCAAACGUCAUCUAUGGCAUGUCCAACGGCCCGUUCAGCGCGCCGUGGCCCAAGGUCGUCCAGGCGAAAGAAGCAAUGGCCGCCUGCGACCGGACGGGGCCGGCCAUGGAGAUUUGCCAUCGGUUGUUGCCCAUCAUGGCCAACACGCAUCGCAUCCAGAACGAAGACGAGCUGCCAAAGACCGGGCACACGAUCGAGAUGGAGUUCAAGCUCUCGAGUUUGUUUGUCGAAACCAAGGAGCCGCAUGUCGACUACUGCACGCGCACGAUGAUUGCUAUGGUGCUCGACUCGAACCCUGCCGAAGACUGCUGCAUCGUGGAGAAGGACUUGGCGCUCGCGACGCACACGUGGACGACCCGGUCGUUCGCGCUCUAGGACGAUCCAUCACCGCUUCGUAACGAAAUGUAGCACCUCCAAAAUGGUUUUGGGAAAAG